AUGGUCCGGGCUGACGGCGCGGGCGGCCGCGCAGUGCCGGUGAUAACAGCUUCUUCCAUUAUUCAGAGGCCGCCGCAGCGCGCCACGCAUGCUGUGGGCUGCGCAAGUGAACAGCAGGUUGCCGGACCGGCUGUUAACACUGGGUACGACAAGACGCAGAGCAAGGAGACGGAGUGCCGCUACAGCCGCAACCAGGGCUACGUCAUCUUCUCGGCGACCGGCUCGUUCUACCUGCCGCUGGCCGUCAUGCUGUACGUGUACGCGCGCAUCUCAUGCGUCAUCGCGCGCCGCCACAGCCAGCUGACGGGUGGGGUGGAUGCGCAGCACCAGAGAAACAGCCGGCUGGUGAGCAACCAGGACGAGUCGGACAUGGAGCGGGCGUCCUCCGAGUGUGAAGACGGCCACAUCCGGUGUACGAGCCUGAUGAGCCCCGGAGUGCUGGAGUUCGGCGCCGGCACGGCGGGCACGCGCUCGCUGCGCGCCCACUACCUGUACUGCACGCCGCAGACGUGCGCUGCCAACGCCGACCACAACCACGCGCACGCCCACUCGGCCGGCCCAGCGUCGGCGCGCUCCAGCUUCUACGGGCGCGCGUCGCGGCCGCUGUCGCUGGCGCUGGACGUGCCCUCGAUGGAGACGGCCGCGCUGCAGGCGGGGCUGCCGCACGUGUCCAGCCGCGUCUCCUCCUUCCGUCGCGAGAGCAAGACGGCGCAGACGCUGUCCAUCGUCGUCGGCGGCUUCAUCGCUUGCUGGCUGCCCUUCUUCAUCUGUUACAUCCUCCUUCCGUGGGUCCACAUCGCACCGCCGCUCAUGAUCUUCCUCACCUGGCUGGGAUGGAUAAACUCAGCCAUUAAUCCCUUCAUCUACGCAUUCUACAGUCCAGAUUUCCGGAUUGCAUUUUGGCGACUAACAUUAAGGCACUGUUCUAAACCAAGAAGACCUCAGGAUCCUUCCAUAAGACAUAAGUGAGUGUUGUACAAUUAGCAGUGGUUUGAAAACCUUAAGUGAACUGCCAUUAUGUAGCACAUAACUCAUGUAGAGAGAGUAGCUCAAACGGAAGUUAAAAGUGAAAUAUUAUCUAGUCAAGAGGGUACCCAUUUGUUGUGAUCUCUCUCCUUAAGUACUGUACAGAAUAUCUAGUCCAUUAAGAAAAUAGAAACAUUAUGCAUUGGAAAUUUAAAAGA